AUGAACCUUAAAAAACCAGCUUUUUAUUGGAAAACCCCACUGACCCUAAAAUCUAUUGGAAAUAGUUUUCAUGAAGGCAGCUGCAGAUACAAGCAAGAACACAGUGCAGGCACGCUCUCUCGUUACGUCGAGGUCAAGCAGACUGAGGAAGCUUUGCGCGAAGCGGUGUCUUCUGUGGGCCCCGUGGCCACUCUUUUCGACGCCACCCACUGGAGCAUUCAGCACUACCAGAGCGGCAUUUACUACGAGCCCGCAUGCAGUUCCAAUGUGAACCAUGCCGUGCUUAUCGUGGGCUACGGCAGCGACGACGAUGGCCAGGACUACUGGAUUGCGAAGAACUCGUGGGGCGCCGCCUGGGGCGACCAAGGAUACUUCAAGACCGCCCGCAAUAGGGGGAACCACUGCGCGGUCGCCAGUUGGGCCAGUUACCCCGUUGUCUGAAAUUAGAUGUGACUGUACGGACGCUGCCAACACCAACCAUGCCAAUUGUGAUAUUAGUUUUAAUUUAUUUCUCAAUAAGAUUCUCACUUAAAAUAAAGUCUGGUUAAUUGAA